AUGGACCUGCACUCCAGCUCCCAAGUAUUAGCUGAGAGGCAGACAAUGCCAUCUGUUGGCGGAGGUGUGGCGUCGGUGCAAGGCUCUUGUUUAAUCCCUCAAGAAACAGACAUUGAUACUCUGGACGAUGUUCAGGAGUUCCUAAACCAGGAGGACUGCCUUCCCAAGUUGAAACAUCUUGGCAAACCUGAGAUGGUUUUAAUAAGUGUCUACCUUGAGAUUAAGGUGAGCGAUCGUGACUCGCGUGUGGAAAUCCUCUCAAAGGUGGUGCUGAUGGCCUACCAGUUGGUGUCUGAAGCAUUUAGGCAGAAGUUCUGUAACCUGAAGAAGACAUCAGAGCACACCUUCACGGAGUUUGUGUGUAUUAAACAUAAGAACAAAGGCUCUACCUGGUAUGUUCCAAAGAGCUACUCAAAACCAUUUUUGAAGUAUAAGCCGGAAGAGGAGAGAACCGUCCUACGUAGUGCCGUGAAGACACCCCCAAGUAGUCCACGACGAACUAGCCCAAGUAGUCCACGACGAACUAGCCCAAGUAGUCCACGACGAACUAGCCCAAGUAGUCCACGACGAACUAGCCCAAGUAGUCCACGACGAACUAGCCCAAGUAGUCCACGACGAACUAGUCCAAGUAGUCCACGACGAACUAGUCCAAGUAGUCCACGACGAACUAGUCCAAGUAGUCCACGACGAACUAGCCCAAGUAGUCCACGACGAACUAGCCCAAGUAGUCCACGACGAACUAGUCCAAGUAGUCCACGACGAACUAGCCCAAGUAGUCCACGACGAACUAGCCCAAGUAGUCCACGACGAACUAGCCCAAGUAGUCCACGACGAACUAGUCCAAGUAGUCCACGACGAACUAGCCCAAGUAGUCCACGACGAACUAGUCCAAGAAGGGACAUAGUGUGUUGGAGCUGCGGGCAGAAGGGGCACAUAGCUGCUAAGUGUGGAGGCAGGAGAGUGAGAGGACCAUUAGAGGUGGUCAAGGACCAGUGGACGGACAAGCACAGGACAGCACACAUAAGCAUGGUGGAGCAGUAUCAGGGACUAGACAUCCGUCCCAUCAUGAUCGUGGGAGGAGGAAGGGACCAAGAAGUGAUUAAGGAUGUUAGUAGUCAAAUAAAUGAUGUAGCAAGUGGCAAGUCUAGACAGGUUGAACUUCCUUGUGUAAUUAGUGGGCCUAGUAACAUGGCCUGCCUAAUGGCAGGCUCAGCGAGAUAUUCCAGCAGGCUCAGACACAGGCCCAACGAGAUCUUCCAGCAGGCUCAGCCACAGGUCCAACGAGCUCUUCCAGCAGGCUCAGCGAGAUCUUCCAGCAGACUCAGGCACAGGCCCAACGAGAUCUUCCAGCAGACUCAGGCACAGGCCCAACGAGAUCUUCCAGCAGGCUCAGCGAGAUCUUCCAGCAGACUCAGGCACAGGCCAACGAGAUCUUCCAGCAGGCUCAGCCACAGGCCCAACGAGAUCUUCCAGCAGGCUCAGCCACAGGUCCAACGAGAUCUUCCAGCAGGCUCAACGAGAUCUUCCAGCAGGCUCAGGCACAGGCCCAACGAGAUCUUCCAGCAGGCUCAGCCACAGGCCAACGAGAUUUUCCAGCAGACUCAGGCACAGGCCCAACGAGAUCUUCCAGCAGGCUCAGCCACAGGCCCAACGAGAUCUUCCAGCAGGCUCAGCCACAGGCCCAACGAGAUCUUCCAGCAGGCUCAGCCACAGGCCCAACGAGAUCUUCCAGCAGGCUCAGCCACAGGUCCAACGAGAUCUUCCAGCAGGCUGAGCCACAGGCCCAACGAGAUCUUCCAGCAGGCUCAGCCACAGGACCAACGAGAUCUUCCAGCAGGCUCAGCCACAGGACCAACGAGAUCUUCCAGCAGGCUCAGCCACAGGCCCAACGAGAUCUUCCAGCAGGCUCAGCCACAGGCCCAACGAGAUCUUCCAGCAGGCUCAGCCACAGGUCCAACGAGAUCUUCCAGCAGGCACAGCCACAGGACCAACGAGAUCUUCCAGCAGGCUCAGCCACAGGCCCAACGAGAUCUUCCAGCAGGCUCAGCCACAGGUCCAACGAGAUCUUCCAGCAGGCACAGCCACAGGUCCAGCGAGAUCUUCCAGCAGGCACAGCCACAGGACCAACGAGAUCUUCCAGCAGGCUCAGCCACAGGACCAACGAGAUCUUCCAGCAGGCUCAGCCACAGGUCCAACGAGAUCUUCCAGCAGGCACAGCCACAGGUCCAGCGAGAUCUUCCAGCCACAGGCACAGAUCUUCCACAGGCCACAGGUCCAACGAGAUCUUCCAGCAGGCACAGCCACAGGACCAACGAGAUCUUCCAGCAGGCUCAGCCACAGGCCCAACGAGAUCUUCCAGCAGGCUCAGCCACAGGUCCAGCGAGAUCUUCCAGCAGGCACAGCCACAGGUCCAGCGAGAUCUUCCAGCAGGCUCAGCCACAGGUCCAACGAGAUCUUCCAGCAGGCUCAGCCACAGGCCCAACGAGAUCUUCCAGCAGGCUCAGCCACAGGACCAACGAGAUCUUCCAGCAGGCUCAGCCACAGGUCCAACGAGAUCUUCCAGCAGGCUCUGCCACAGGCCUAGUUAAAUGA